AUGGCUUAUACACACACCCUUGACGACAAGUAUAACAUUGAACUAAGCCAACGACUGACUACCAUACGGAGCCCUAGUAGCACAGGUUCAGGAGGCUCUUCGAGUGGAGCAGCUGCCUCAGGUGCCACUGGCCCUGUACUGCAAGAGUUGCAGCUCCAAGAUUACCAGGUUCUUCAACAAAUCGAUGCGCAACAAGCCCAGUUACGCCAUGUACGUAACCAGGCUCGUCUUGUGAAGCAAAUGUUGUCAAACUGUGGUUCAACUGCUAUGCUGCUGGCUGGGCCUGCAGCUGCCUCUGGCAUGAGUGCAGGUCUCACUACUACUAUUAGUGCAACCAGCAGUAAUACUAGUGCCUCUUCCUCCACCGGAGUGGCCAAUGAAGUCUCAGGAGCUUGUACCACCUCAGCCACUACUUCCACCGCCUCCAUAACAGUUACCCCUGGAGCGGCUAGUCCUGCUGAUGUGCUGGUAUCCAGACUAGCUGAUCUCAAAAUGGUUACUGGGUCUGCCUCAACCACAGGACAGUCUGCACAAGGCACAAAUGGUAAUUAA